AUGAAACGCAAGGCUACGGACUCAGGCACAGUAUCAAAGGCAAAACGUCAAAAAGAGCCCGAAGCAGACUACUGUGAUGUGAUAUCGCGGAAGGAUGGCCAUGGAAACGCGAUAUGGCCCGCAUCCGAGGAGUCUAUCGAACGUGCCAGACUAUUUAUUAAAGAGUGUGCUGCCUCCCGGAGCAAGACGCUCAUCGUCCCGGACAAGGACGCAGAUGGCCUUGACGCCGGCGUGAUUAUCCGCACGACGCUCAUUGCAUUGGGGAUGUCUUCAGAUCUUAUUGGUGUCCAUCUAAUCAGUAAGAAUGCUACUGUACACGAUGAAGCGGAGAGAGCAGCCAUGCUAGCAAAAGAUCCAAAGUACAUCAUCAUCGUGGAUCAAGGAAGUCGCGCUGCGCCGGCAGUCGUGGACUCCCUGAACACCAAAUCUCUGAUCAUUGAUCAUCAUCUGAGUGACGAGUUCCCGGAGAAUGCUACUCCCCUCGACCAAACCAUUGCUUCUGCUUGUGGCUUCUUAUGCGCUAUGGGUACGCAUGGCGAUCUCGGCAACACCCUCAAAUGGAAGCCUCCAUUCCCAGAUAUGACGGACGUCUUCAAAACGCACACGAAGAAGGCGAUCAAUGACGCUGUGGCGCUGAUAAAUGCUCCUAGGAGAACAUCGAAAUUUGACGUAAUUUCGGCAUGGGAAGCACUACUCGCUGCAAACGGUCCGAAAGACAUCUUGGACAACGAACGGUUGCUCAAUGCUCGAGCUGAGAUCAACGAAGAGGUCGAGAAGCAGACUCACACGCCGCCGAAGUUUAGCAAAGAUGGAAAGAUUGCAGUUUUGCGAAUCAACAGCGAGAUGCAAGUUCACGGUGUCAUCGCAACAAGAUGGGCUGGAUAUCUCAACUCCAAGGCUCUGGAAAUCAUCAUGGUGGCCAAUUCCGGCUAUCGCCCUGGUUACGUCAACUUCUCCUGUCGCAUUGCCCGCUCCGCUCGCUCCAAACAUCCCCCAGUCAACAUUAUUGAAUCCUUGAAGGCCGGAGCUGACCUCGAUACUGGCGAUCUGGUGGAGAGAAUGGGCGAAAGCUUUGCUAGAGGGCAUAAAGAGGCAUCUGGAGGCAUCAUCCCGGCAGCUGAGUUCGAGGAGCUGAUGGCCCUGAUGAAAAUUGGGGAGAAGCCAGAUCCGAAGCCUGAGGAUGGUGCGAAGAAGGUCAAGACAUCGCCACAGAAGAAUAACCUGAUGAACUACUUCACCAAAAAGUGA